CUCAACACCCUCUCUCUCUCCUCUCUCUCUCUCUUUCUCUCUUUCUCUCUCUCGAGUCUGAGCGAGUGAGCGUUUAUUCUUGUAAGCCGUCGAAGAUUUUUAGAUUUUAGAUCUACGACUCAGGCGUCGCUCGCGGCUCUGCAACUCCACAAUCUUCGCUGUCUCUCUCUCCUCGCUCGGCUGCGAUCCGGCUCACUCUUGGCGCGAUCUGCUUCCAACUUCCAUCUCCCUCCAUUUUUUUUUUUCUCUCUCUCUCUCUCUCCUCAGUUCUUUCUCUCAUCGGCGCUUCGAUUCAAGCUGCUGACUGACUUGCUCUCCUAACUCAGAGCAAGGUUUGCUGGGCAGCUGCAAACUGCAACAGCAGCAUAUCAAAUGGACUGGGCUGCAAACAGCGGUUUCAAAACCUUCAAAGAUGUGGAACCCAAAUCAAUGAUGGACAUGGCGAUGAUUCCAAUCGUCGAUCCGGUGGAUAUCGGUUUGGGCUCCUCGGAACAGGGGAAUUCUACUCCUUCAACCAAACCCAGAAAGAAGACUAUGACGUCGGUUUAUCUCAAGUUUUUCGAGACAGCUUCUGACGGAAAAAGUCGCCGGUGCAAGUUUUGUGGACAAAGCUAUUCCAUUGCAACUGCCACUGGUAAUCUGGGAAGGCACCUAAGUAAUCGCCAUCCCGGUUAUGAUAAGUCGGGCGAUGUUGUCACCAGUCCUGCACCACAAUCCGCCAUUGUAGCCCGGAAACAUCAACCUCAAUCCCAAUCAAAAGCAUCCCAAUUGGAUUACAACCAUAUAAACUGGUUGCUUGUUAAAUGGCUCGUCUUAGCUUCUUUGCCUCCGGCAACAUUGGAAGAGAAGUGGGUGGCAAACUCGUACAAGUUUUUAAAUCCAUCCGUACAACUAUGGUCAAGCGAGGAGUACAGAAGUACAUUUUACGAAGUUUUCCAGAGUAUGCAGGAAGUAGUAAGACUUUCACUCGAACAAGUUUCUUCGAAGGUCUCUAUCACACUUGAAUUCUGGACUUCCUAUGAGGAAAUUAGUUACAUGAGUGUCACAUGCCACUGGAUCGACGAGAGUUGGUCUUUCCAGAAGAUGAUGCUCGAUAUCUGUCACAUACCUUACCCGUGUGGUGGCGCCGAGAUCUAUCACUCCCUGGUGAAGGUUCUUAGGUCGUACAAUAUUGAGAACAGAGUCCUAUCAUGCACCUAUGAUAACAGUCAGAGUGCAAUGCAUGCUUACCUGGAUGGUCAGAAAGUCGGGCCCUUCUGUUAUAUCCCCUGUUCUGCUCAUAUUUUGAACUUGAUCAUAAACGAUGGAUUGAGAACUACAAAGCCGGUGAUCGUAAAGAUUCGAGAGUUUGCAAUGGGGUUGAACGCGUCCGCGGAGAUGGCAGAGGAUUUUGCUGAAUUCACAGCAGCUUACCAGGAACUUUGUUGGAAAAUGCCGCUUGAUACAUCAACGCGGUGGAGUGGCAAUUAUCAGAUGCUAGAUAUUGUGUGCAAGGCUUCGAAGUCCAUGGAUGCUGUUAUCAGGAAGUAUGAGACACUAGGCAGUAGGAUGCUGCUGAGCUCUGCAGAGAAGAAUGCAGUCAGUCAUGUGCACCGAUAUCUCGAACCAUUCUACAAAACCACAAACAACAUGUGCACAGACAAGCUUCCCACUGUCGGGCUGGUUCUUUUCUUUAUGGAUCACAUUUCCGAGACAAUUGCUGCUUGCAGAGACUCUCACCUUUACCCAGAAUCGUUAAAGAAUGCCGCUAAAGAAAUGGCUGAAAAGGUUAGAGGUUACAAUAGCCAGGUCUGCAACAUAAUCAUAUACAUGACAGCGAUUCUUGAUCCUCGAAUCAAAGGAGAGCUAUUUCCCGAAAGCCUCAACUCGGAUAAUUUUCUUGACGAAGCAAGAACUCAUUUCAUCAGAAACUACUCGACCACCCAUUUCCCAUCCAUAGCUGGUGGAUACAGUGCUCAAGAAAUGGAUGAGGGAUGCAAUGUCUCGUUUGCAGAGGAAAUUGCACGAAAGAAACGAAGGGCAAACAUGAGCAGCGCAACGGAUGAGCUCACUCAAUACCUGUCGGAGCCUCCAGCUCCACUAGCAACAGAUGUUCUGGAGUGGUGGAAAGUCAAUAGUAUGCGCUAUCCACGGCUUUCUCUGAUGGCUCGGGAUUUCUUAGCUGUGCAGGCAGUUGCAGUGGCGCCGGAAGAACUAUUUUGUGCCAAAGGUGACGAAAUUUACAAGCAACGAUUCUGUAUGCCGCACGGCAGCACACAAACUCUCCUUUGCAUAAGGUCGUGGCUUCAGAGUGGGAUGAAAAUGAAGUACAAAUCAACUGAAAUAGAUUUUGAGCGGUUGAUGGAAUUGGCAACUAGUGCUGCUGCUGCUGAUAAUAGUGCUCAUGGCUCUGAGAAGAAACAGAAACAUUGACGGAAACACAUGGCAACGUGUGAUUGACUUGAAAUGCCGUCAACUUGGCAUGCCAAACCACUUAAAAGGGGGAAAAUUGGCAUCUUUAGGCAUUUGAAAUGCUUUGUUGUAUGUUAGGCUAAAAUUUCGUGUACAGUUUAAAACUAUUGUAAAUACUAAUGUAAUCUGAUGAUUCGAAAGAGUAAAAAUUUGUUUUAAUUCUACUUAUAUGAA